ACUUUUGAAGAUCGUCCCAAGGGGACAGCUGCGCGGCAGUGACCGAUGUUAUGCAUUGUCUUUAAUGCACUAAAAGUAAGUGAAGAGUAGGCUAUGUAUAAGAGUAGCCCCAAUGGAAUGCCGGAUGUGUAGAUGUCGCGGACGGGAAUCUAAGAAGAUUGUUUGUGGAAGCAGUUGAGAAAGCAAUUGUGCCGGACCAAAGGUUGGAGAUUGGGUUCAAGGUAUGCCUGCAAGAGACUCUAUGGAGUCCCAAAAGGUGUUAAUGGAGUUCAGGAACCUCCAUAGACAGCGUUCUCGGUUUCUAGAAAUGGUACUGGCAGGCAGCAAAAUCAACCAAGGUUGUAACGAUUACAAGGAACGUAGUGGUAAUGCCUGCGAUAGUAAUGACUUUAGUUCAAGGUCAAGGAAGGGUAUUAAACAGUAAAGAAAUUGUAGAUCCUCACUAACGUAUUAUAGACCGUCCUAUGGAAGUUUGGGAAGUCUGUGAAAGAAUUUAUUCAAGUAAAGCUGCUGGAAAUGAUGAAAUUUUUACAGGAGGUAGUUCUUGAAAGUUGAUAGCUAGAUUGCGAAAAGCUUUGAUGCUGCGAACGAAACCGGACUGAUCAAACAAAAAUCUUAACCUUAAUACGGAAGAUGCUCUACACUAGACAACACCCGAGAUGAAGGACAGUAUAGGUGCAUGGAAGAUCAA